AUGGAGGGAGAGCCAGCUAGGGCCAAGGAGCAGCAUGCAGCAGUACACUCAGAGAAGUGUCGCGUGCAGGUGAACUUGCAGAGGCUCCAUGCGGAGCUGCAGAGCCUCGGCCUGCUCCAGGUGACGGCACAGCAAGGGGAGAUUCGACGGCUCCGCAUCGAGCUGCAGGCAUCCGGCUCCCAGCAGCGACAGCACGCGCAAGAUUUGGAGGCAGAGCGCUUGCGGGCCGCGGGCUCUGACCUUGCGGCGGCGCGGGCUGGCCAGGAGAAAGCGAGGUUGAAGGCCACCUUGAGGCGGGUGGACGACGAUCAGCGUGAGCAGCUGGAGAUUUUCUCUGCUCAAGCUCUUGAAGAGAAGAGGCGUUUGCAGCAGCGUCUACAGGACGCACAUCAUGAGCUCGUGACCUGCCGGAAGGUUGCUGGCAACUUGGAGGCGGUGCUCGCAGAGGUUCGAUCCCUGGUGCCCGCUGCCAUGGCUGCCGUGGAAUUCAUCAGAGAUGUGGAGAAUCCUGCCAUAAAAUUGGCACGGGGGCCUGUUCUUCUUUCACUAAAUACUUCCGUCCGCAUACCAGUGCUGGCCUUGAGGUGGGGGCCUGGCACAUGUCUAGACUCCACUCCAGGUUGGCAGGCAGUCAGAGAGGGCUUGUUUGCCCUGCUCCAUCAGUUGCAGACUGGCGCCACUACGCCAGAGAAGAUAGAGCUGAGCGUUUGUGAAGUGGAUGGUCUUUGGUUUUGCAGCGAAGCUUCGGAAGCAAAGAGCUUCGCAGCACUCCUUCUCUACCAGGCUUUGCACCGGGAUGCCCCGGUGUCUCCGACAUGCCGCGUCACAUCUGCGCACAAGAUCCUGACUGUCCCAAAGGAGGACUUCAAGCAUUCGGGAUUGAGUGUGUUGACUGGAAGCGCAGCCUGGAGAGACGCACCGAAGGACGACGAGGACUUUCUGCGAGCCUUCCUCGUCGGCUCCCCCUUGAGGGAUGCCAUGAGUGACUUUCUGUACCACCAACGGCGCAAUCGUGUUCAGGAUGCCUUGCAGCGCGAGCUGGCCAAUGAUGCAUUUUCAACCUCGUCUUUGGCUGGCCGAAGCCCGCAGACCAAGGAGGAUCCUAUGGAGAAUGCCGACCGCAUGAUGCCUUCAAAGCUUUGGCAUCAAGCAGGCGGCUCUUUGAUUUUGGCUCAGGACACCCGUGGGGAGUUGCCACUGCCGGUAGCACGAGCAGAAGCAAGCAACAGCUUCCCGCAGUUUGCCUGGCAUUGGUCACAAUGUUGCACGCCGUACAUGGCCAAGCCAUCCGAAUUUGUUGAUCACUAUGCCGUGUUGGACUGCUCCCCGAAGUCAUCGCAUGGAGACAUCAAGCAUGCAUAUCAUGAGAAGUUGCGUGAAUAUCAUCCGGACAAACGGCCCAACAGCAAAGAGGGCCGAGGCAAAAAAAUUACAGCAGCUCUGAACCAAGCCUGGGAGGUUCUCAAAGACGAAGCACUUCGAGAAGAAUAUGACCGCAAGUGGCGGGAAAUCAUGGAACCAGCUGUUCUAGCGGACGAGUGCCGUCGCGCCGGAAAUGAGCUGUAUCGAGCUGCAUGUCUCCUCGCUCAAAAGCAUGCCGAUGCUCACGGAGAUGGUGUUACGUUUGGUGGAGAAGGUCUGGACUGGGCGAAGCAGGCUUUGGAGAAGUAUCAUCUAUCAAUCGACGCCUAUUCGAGAGGUUUGGAAGCUGCUCCUCAUGACCACCGCUUGUAUAACAACAGGGCCCUGUGCUUUGCUGCCCUGAAGAUGUGGACAAGAUGUCAGGAGGAUGCACGUCAAGUCAUACAGCUCAAGCCGGACUUCAAGAAGGGUUGGUUCUUGCUUGCGAAAGCGCUCUGGAAGGAUGGCCAGCUGGCAGAUGCGAAGAAAGAGAUAGAUGCUGGUCUUACACUCCUUCCGGAAUGUGUUGACCUGCUUGAUCUGCAGGCAGAGAUCCACAAUGCGCUCACGGAGCAAUCAGGUGGCCAGCACCUUCCGUUCAUAUUGACCCGACGAACCAGUGUCAGCAGGAACGUCUCUCCAGUUGGAACUCCCCCGCCGUCGUCAAGCUCUGUUCGUGUGCAGCCUCCGCCUCCAAUCCACAAGCCGAUGCCUCCCCGGAGGCAGGCCUGCACAUCUCCCUCUCCGCCACCCGAUGCUUCUGGACGAUCCCAGAGCUUACGUUGCUUCGACAGGCAGACAAUGGGAGCCAAGAGCAGUUCCCUGUCACCUUUGAAGCAUCGACAUCUACCCAGGACAGACCUGGGAGAUACGCUGGCGUCGGCUGGCCUGGAAGCAACCGCUCGAUUUGGGGACAGCACAGCAGACUUUGGCGAGAAGAUCAAGUUUUUCGCAAAUCGAUCGGCAGGGCUGUCGGGUGUCUGCUCUGGCGAUCGAACUUUGUGGGACCUGGCCCAGAAUCAUGGUAUGCGAAAAUGA